GAGCCCAAUUUCCUAUUGCAUUGCUAAAGAAGAGAAAAAUAAACAAAAAGAAAACCCUAAUUAGAACCACCAAAAACCCUUCUCUGAGCUGACAUUUGCUCCUCGCCGCCACUCACCGCAAUCACUCUUGAUAGCGUUAUUCGGAAAAUGGCGAGUUUAUUAUCACAGAAUAUAACUCAAUCAAUCGGGGAUGAAAAGUCUAAAAGCGAGAAAAAAGUUAAUAGGAAGAGAAAGAAAGAAGAGAAUAAAGAAGUAGAAGUCGAGGAGGAGAUGGAAAUGAAAAAGCUUGAGAACUUAUUGUUCGGUUCCUUAUAUAACCCUGUUGGUUUCGGGAAAGACGAUGGAGGAGACGAUUCUGCUAUGUUCUUUGUGGACCGGGUCGCGGAUAGUGCGUUGUCUGUUUAUGAGGGGGAACCACAGGUGGUGCAAGAAGGUAUGGCGGAAGUGGAGAAAGAGCGGAAACCUGUGUGGGUAGAUGAAGAAGAAGAGAAGACUAGUAUAAAAAUAGCGAGUGUGAACAGAUUGAGGAAGCUGAGGAAAGAAGAGGGCGAGGAUGUGAUAUCUGGUUCGACGUACGUGGAAAGACUAAGGGCUCAACAUGCUAAACUUAAUCCAGGCACCGAAUGGGCCCGAAUUGAUUCUCAAGGGAGAAGCUAUAGUUCUGAUGAAGAUUCUGACGAUGAAGGUAAACAUACUGAGGGCUUAUUGGCCGAUGAUAUUCUUCAAUCAAACGAAGAUCUUGUUGUCAAAAGUCGCACGAAAUUGUUACCUGGGCUUCUUGAAUAUUCGAGACUGGUUGAUGCAAAUGCAGUUGAUCCAUCAAAUGCACCGAUAAAUUCUGUUGAGUUCCACAGGAAUUCUCAGUUGCUCCUUGUUGGUGGAUUGGAUAAAAAACUCAGGUUUUUCCAGAUUGAUGGGAAACGUAACACGAAGAUACAAAGCAUCUUUCUUGAGGAUUUUCCAAUUAAAAAGGCGUCUUUUUUGCCCAAUGGGUCUCAAGUUAUUGUAUCAGGAAGAAGAAAGUUCUUUCAUGUACUAGACUUGGUCAAAGCAAGUGUAGAUAAAGUAGGUCCUCUAGUUGGCAGGGAAGAAAAGAGCCUUGAAAGUUUUGAGGUUUCUCCUGAUUCAGGUACAAUUGCUUUUCUUGGUAAUGAAGGAUAUAUUUUGCUAGUUUCCUCCAAAACAAAGGAGCUAAUUGGGACACUAAAAAUGAACGGAACUGUACGCUCCGUGACAUUCACUGAUGACGGACGACAAUUACUGAGCUCUGGUGGAGAUGGACAGAUUUACCAUUGGGAUUUGAGAACAAGGACUUGCAUUCAUAAAGGUGUAGAUGAAGGAUCCAUAAAUGGUACAGCUCUUUGUGCUUCGCCAAAUGGAAGUUUGUUUGCUUCUGGUUCAGACAGUGGAAUCGUAAAUAUUUAUAACAGACAAGAGUUUUUAGGGGGAAAGAGAAAACCAAUCAAGGCAAUUGAGAAUCUGACCACGAAAGUGGAUUUUAUGAAAUUUAACCAUGAUGCUCAAAUAUUAGCCAUCAGUUCUAGCAUGAAGAAAAACAGCUCAAAGCUAAUUCACAUUCCAUCAUUUACAGUUUUUUCAAACUGGCCCUCUGCAAAUCGGGCUGUGCACUAUCCUCGCUGCUUGGAUUUUAGUCCUCACGGAGGAUUCAUGGCUACGGGAAAUGCUGAAGGAAAAGUGUUACUGUACAAGUUGCAUCAUUACCAUGAUGCAUAGUUAGUUUGGAUACUGUUGGCAUUAUGAGCCAGAAAUGUUUUUGUUAGUGUAGUAUGAGUUCAAAGGCAUGAUUUAUUUUUUUCCCUUUCAGUUUUCUGAUGUAAUAGUAUUUUUCCAUGUAUGGCAAGAUUAUAUCUAUGAUUUGGUUAAUUUUGGUAAGGAGCUUUCUCCUCUUAUUUUUAACACAGAAUUCCUCUGUUGGCCUUC